GUUUUGGUCAUUGCGCAGUAACAAUACGAGAGUAGAGAUAGCGAGCACACUCAGUGCAACUUAGGACUUUCCUGUAAAUCCGUAUUUUCAGUUUGGGUUGAGAUGAGAGGUAGCGAGUGUAGCGUUCUGGUUUGAGUGAUGUGGGUUCGCACAUGUGAUGAAUUUGAGGUUUAGUGAUUUCAGUUUGUAAACUCGUAUACUACCAUGACUUAUGUGAUAAUCAGACGAGUGAAACAUUUUGUUUUUACUUCAAAUACUCAUCGGUAACUAUAAGUAAUUUUGAAAUUGAUAUUCGUAUUAGAUAAAAGAAGCUCAAACUAUUAAGAAGCACGCAAGGAAAACGUCUUCCGACGUUAGAUGAUGAUGAAAUUAUAUUUGUUUUGUGUUUGUAUAAUUGUUUAUGGUGUACAUUAUACAAAAGCGCAUUACACGCAACAAUGGGCUGUGCAAAUAGAAGGUGGAUCUAAAAUAGCCGACGAAGUUGCUAGAGACCACGGAUUUAUUAAUCAUGGACUGAUAUUUGAAGAUCAUUACCAUUUUUCACAUAGCGGUGUAGCUAAACGAUCUUUAAAACCUAAUUCGGAAAAGAAGGCGAGGCUUGCUGUUGAUGCGAGAGUUAAAUGGGCUCAGCAACAGAAAGCUAAAAGGAGAGUUAAAAGAGAUUUAAAGUUGCAAGAUUCCGAUCCUCAAUGGCCAUCGAUGUGGUAUUUGAAUAGAGGUAAUGGCCUGGAUAUGAAUGUUAUACCAGCAUGGAUGGAGGGUAUCACAGGCAAAGGAGCAGUAGUUACAAUAUUAGAUGACGGUCUGGAAAAGGAUCACCCUGAUUUAUUACAAAACUAUGAUCCCAUGGCAUCCUAUGAUGUUAAUGGCCAAGACUCGGAUCCCAGUCCCCGAUAUGACAUGAUCGACUCAAACAGGCACGGCACUAGAUGUGCGGGGGAAGUUGCUGCGACGAGUAACAAUUCCGUAUGCGCGCUCGGUGUGGCCCAUGGAGCUCAAGUAGGAGGAGUUAGAAUGUUAGACGGGGAUGUUACGGAUGCCGUGGAAGCGAGAUCGCUAAGUCUAAAUCCGCAUCACAUAGACAUAUAUAGCGCAUCGUGGGGUCCUGACGAUGAUGGUAAAACAGUAGAUGGACCCGGAGAAUUGGCAACAAGGGCUUUUAUAGAGGGAGUCAGUAAGGGGCGUAACGGAAAGGGAUCGAUAUUUGUCUGGGCUUCAGGAAACGGUGGUAGAGAUCACGAUAAUUGCAACUGUGACGGCUAUACGAAUUCCAUUUAUAGCUUGUCGAUAUCAAGCGCUACGGAACAUGGACAUGUGCCGUGGUAUAGUGAAGCGUGUAGCUCUACAUUGGCUUCGACUUAUAGCAGCGGGUCUGUAGGCGAAAGACAAGUUGUUACGACUGACUUAAGGCAUUCUUGUACAAGCAGCCACACAGGUACAAGUGCAUCAGCACCUCUCGCAGCCGGAAUAUGUGCUUUAGCUUUAGAAGCAAACCCCAAUUUAACUUGGAGGGAUAUGCAACAUAUAGUUGUACGUACUGCUAGGCCGCAGAAUUUAAUUGCCGCAGAUUGGCAGACUAACGGAGUAGGUAGAAACGUUUCACAUAGCUUCGGAUAUGGUCUAAUGGAUGCCUAUGCUAUGGUCCAACUCGCUAAAAAUUGGGUGACUGUUCCCGAACAGCGUAAAUGUGAAAUAACCGCCCCUCAUGUUCUCAAGCCAAUCCCCGCAAAAAGUGUAGUAGUUUUACAGUUGCAAGUUAGUGAGUGUGAAGGAGUUGAGGUUUUAGAACACGUUCAGGCUAAAUUAACGAUAUUUUCACAAAGGCGAGGUGAUUUAAAUAUCCAGUUAACAUCACCGAUGGGCACAAGAGUUACGCUAUUAGCUCAUAGAGCGCAUGAUAAUUCAAGAUCGGGCUUUAAUUUCUGGCCCUUUAUGUCUGUCCAUUCUUGGGGCGAGUCACCGUUCGGGACUUGGCAGUUGGAGAUACAUAACGAUGGUCGACUUUUGGGUGAAGUUAAGGCUUGGCAAUUGACUUUAUAUGGUACUUCUACUCCGCCUGUUUAUGACCUCCGACAGAGUGGAAAGACGACUACACUUUCAGAAAUAUACAACGAAGAAAUUUCUCACAAUUCCAUUGAUGAUACUUCAUCAAACUGGAAAGGAGGGGCGGAGAACCGAAAGGACACUCUAGAAGUGGAAGAAAAAGAAAAAAGUACAUCAGGUUGUGCGAAAAAAAAAGGCAAUUUAUGUUUAGAAUGCCUUCCAAAUUAUUACCUGCACCAAGGAAGCUGUCUACAGGAAUGCCAUGAAAAAUAUUACAACAGCAUUUUAGAUUAUUCCGAAAAUGAAGAAGAACUAGAUUUAGCAAGAAACCAGACCUGUUUGCCAUGCCAUUAUACGUGCAAAAAUUGUAGAGGAUCAAUGGACUAUCAUUGCACGGAGUGUUACACGGAUGCUAAAAUUGUACACGCUUCGUCUAGUGAAUCGUACUGUUAUCCUAUACAUAUAAUGACUGAAGUUUUAUCUGAGAAAUGGUAUUACAGGAUGUUCACUAUGACGUAUAUUUUAGUUAUUGUUGUUACAAUUCCUUCUGUGAUUUAUCUUUGUAUUAAACGUAGGCAAAUAUUCCAAAGUGAUAAACAGGAAUAUGCACAUUUCGAUAUUGUCGAGAAUAUACGUGAAAUGGAAAAAGAUAUUAAGUCAACUGUUUAUACCGACAGUGAAUAAUUUGAUAUUAAGAUAUAUUCAUGUGUCUGGCACAUAGCCCUUUGAAAAAAUGAGGGCCCAUUGCUGGAAGAUUUCACGUUUACAAUUGUUUCAGUGUUUAUAUAGUGGACAAUCGUGUUGUAACUCGUAAAACUAUAAUUAUUUUUAAAUUUUACUUGUAAAUAACUCGCGUAAUCAUUUUCUUUUACCACAUUUCCGCACUCAAAUAUUGUUGACAUGUUGCCAUAUGUUCUAUUAAAAAAAGGUAUAUUCAUAGUUUUAUUGUAACAUAACUGUUAUUAGAUGCAUAUUCAUUCAUUCCACGUAUGAUAUUGGAGAACAUAAACAAUGAAUAGCUAAAAUAAUCAGGAUAUUUUGAUAAAACUGUUGUCUUAAAAAUUCAUAUAAUACAGUUCUUUUUAUUAAAAUAUUCAAAUUUAGCAAAAUUGUA